AUGGCCAGCACAAGCGAGCAGAUGGAAGCAUCGGCAGCCACGGUGGACAAUACCUCGGUUACGUCGCUCAUAGACGUCAAUGGCAGGUCUUCGGCGCCGACGCAAUCGCUUCCUCAAACCACCACGUCGCAGUCGGCCGAGUACCGCCAUCGUCUUGCCGAGAUCGUAUCGCGGGCCAAUCUCGAGGAUCCGCUCAAUAUUGUCUUCCAACAGGAAAAGACUGGCCGGGCCACGGUCGUGACGCCAGACCUUCUUUACACUGGCGCAGCAAGGCGGAUCGAAACCAAAUUGGCCGCCGGCGCGUCAGUUGUCGAAGCAGCCAACUUUGCGGCAGUGGCAUGCUGGGAGCCGCCAUCGUCCAACCCGCCACCCUUUACGGAAGCACAGUUUGAGGAGAUGGCCCGAGAGAGGCCCGUUUUUGCACAGUUUGUCCGAGACAUUCAAGACACGAGGCUGGCUUGUCUAGGGCCUGGCCAGCCAUAUUGGACGCUUUCGCUGAUGGCACGGGAUCCCAACCGCAAGGACAAGGGCGCCGUCAGAGCUGUCAUUGAACCAUACAUCAAUCGAGCCAAGGAGGACAAGGUGCCGCUCUGGCUUGUGGCGGGCAACCCGAGGGCAAGGGAUGUCUAUGGAUACUUUGGCUUCAGGGUUGUAAAGGUUAUCUGGUCGUAUCCCAGGGACAGGAAGGAGGGCGACGAAGGCGUCCCGACUUGGUGCAUGGUCUGCAACUGGCCGGUAGAGUAG